AUGAAGUCAUCUACAGCUGGUCUCGAAAAACGAAAGCAAUCAGCUAAAAGUAUGUCUGCAAAAAGUGCUCCACCAAAAGCAUCAACAGCAAGUAGUCAUGAAAUGGCCCCGUUUUUUUCUAUAUUUUAUCGGGGAAUUUCUUCAAAAAUUAAUAGAUCGGCUAGUAAGAUUGAUUUAGAUGGACAGAAUGAACAAAUUGGUGUUACAAGCAGAAAAUUUGUUUCGACUUUUUCUGCCGAUAAACCUCCAAUACCUUCAGCAUUAAAAGGAGCUAAAGGAAAUAAUGUUGCCGAUGCAGCAAUUCAUAGAAGAGGUACUGCUCCAUCUAGUGGACGGUCUAAAUCUACUGUUGAAUUGGCAAAAGAAAAGGCGGCAGCCGAGGGGAAGACUUGGAGAGAAAAUGUUGAAUCAAGAUCACCAGUUAGUGUACUUAAAAGUACUAUUGGUAUUAAUUCAGCUCCAACAUCUCCACAACGCCAGAGACGAUGGUAUAUAUAUUUUUGAAGCCAUUUAAUAUACGAGGAUCCAAAGCUCAAUCU